AUGACGAAUCCAAACAAGGACCCCUAUGUUUCUAAGGCAACAAAGAAAGCACUCAUGAUAAAAAUCUUUAGUUCAACACCAAAUGCUUGGUUUAUGGAUAUCUUGGAAAACAUUCCGAGGUAUAGAGAAGAUGGACCACCAUACUGGCUAAUAUUUGUCGGUCAAAACACAAGAUACUGUGAAGCCAUACCAUUACAGUCCAAAAAUAUUUUAGAUGUGAAAACUGCUUUGACAAUAUUCGUUGACAAAUACCAUCCAACAAAACUGACAUCUGACUGUGAAAGUUCUUUCAAAUCAGAUGAUGUAAAAAACUAUCUGCGUUCAAAAAAUGUAAACCAAUAUUUCAUUGUCGACCAAAACCAUUCUGCUCUUGGUGUCAUUGACAGUUGUAUAAAAAUCUUAAGAGACUUAAAUCAACCACAAGGUGGUGAAGCAAAUGAAAUGUCAUAUGACGACAAAUAUAGACACUUCUCCAUGGCAAAGAUGAGACAAGUUUUAAAUAUUUACAAUAG